AUGACCAAACAAUCAGCACAAGGUGAUAUUGCUAUUGAUCAGGUAGAUCCACAAGGUAAUUUUAUCGUCAUUGAGAAUGCCGGUUCAAUAGGAAAAGAUCAAGAUAUGAAAAACUGGAGUAUACGUCGUAAAAUCGAUUCCAAAGAAGAUAUUGUUUAUAAAUUUCCAGACAACUUUGUACUUCAAUCACGAUCAUGUAUUCGUAUUUUCAGUCGAAAUGGGAGUAUAAGUUUAGUUAAUCAAAAAGAAGCCUUAGUAGCUGAUAAUAUUCCAACAUGGGGUACGGAUUCUCAUAUGAUUACACGACUUCUUGAUGCAAAUGGACAUGAAAAUGCUUUUUACGAUGAAAAAUUCCAAUAA